CACACGUAACCACACGCGGGACGCGUCCACCACCCCACCACGGCCUCUCCUUUCCCGUUCACGAAUAUAAUGACCCGCUAGACAUCGACGUCUUCUAAUUCGACAUCAACAUAAAUUAAACUCGACACUUACCCGCCCGCCGUCAAGUAGAGCAAACCAGGCGCACACCGAACGAAGCCUACCGACCAAUGCAGCCUUCAUAGUCGACUUUUCCUGACGACGCAGCUGGACGAAACCAGGCGAUCCAGCCUGAUUGGAGGGGCUCUGCGGAGCGGGACGAGCAGGUGCACACUGCGCACGCUUUCGCCAUGGCGACUCACAACUUUGAGGCUAUGGCCUCGAAGCUUGAUGACCCAAGCUCUGAUCUCAGGACGAAGGAGAAGCUUGUGGUCGAGAUACGGGACAACAUCGAGAACUACUGCCAGGGUACACAGUAUGCGCAAUUCAUGAAUGCUCUUGUGCCAGCAUUCCUGAAGAUCCUCGAUGGCAAUCCAGUCUUCAUAUCCACAUCUCCAGAACAGCGGAUACGGAACUGCGUACUGGAGAUCCUCCACCGACUCCCCAUGAACCCUGGCGACGCGGUCGAACCCCACGCGGCCAAGAUUGUCGACAAGCUCAUGAGCCUCGUGAAGCUCGAGAACGAGGACAAUGCGGUGCUCUGCAUGAAGACCAUCAUGGACUUCCAGCGGCACCAGACGAAAGCGCUGCAGGACCGAGUGCAGCCUUUCCUGGACCUGAUUCAAGAGAUGUUCGAGACAAUGGAGCAGGCAGUACACGACACAUUCGACAGCGCAACGCCCGUGCCAGCGUCACAGGGCGUGCCCUCCACACCGAGCAACCACCAAUACUCACAAUCACCGCGGCCGAACUCGCCCGCGACGGCUCUUACAUCCGGUUCAGCUGGCGAUCUUGGGCAGGAAACUCAGCAAACGCGCAUGUUGCUGAAGGGCAUGCAGUCCUUCAAGGUGCUGGCUGAGUGUCCGAUCAUUGUGGUGUCGCUAUUUCAGGCGUACCGCAACUGCGUGAACAAGAACGUCAAGCUUUUUGUUCCGCUGAUCAAGAAUGUACUUCUGCUGCAAGCCAAGCCGCAAGAGAGGGCGCACGAGGAAGCAAAGGCGCAGGGCAAGAUCUUCACUGGGGUCAGCAAGGACAUUCGCAACCGCGCAGCAUUCGGCGACUUCAUCACAGCACAGGUCAAGACCAUGAGUUUUCUGGCCUACUUGCUCAGGGUGUAUGCGAACCAGCUCAACGAUUUCCUGCCAACUUUACCAGACAUUGUUGUGCGACUGCUAAAGGACUGCCCACGGGAGAAGUCUGGAGCGCGCAAGGAGCUGUUGGUGGCGAUUAGGCACAUCAUCAACUUCAACUUCCGCAAGAUCUUCCUCAAGAAAAUUGACGAGCUGCUGGAGGAGCGAACACUGAUCGGAGACGGCCUCACAGUGUACGAGACGAUGCGGCCACUUGCAUAUAGCAUGCUUGCUGAUCUGAUACACCACCUGCGAGACUCACUGUCGAAGGAGCAGAUCCGGCGUACCGUCGAGGUCUACACCAAGAACCUACACGACAGCUUCCCAGGCACAAGCUUUCAGACUAUGAGUGCGAAGCUUCUCUUGAACAUGGCCGAGUGCAUCGCAAAGCUGGAACCGAAGGAGGAUGCUCGAUACUUCUUGAUCAUGAUCCUUAAUGCCAUUGGAGACAAGUUCGCUGCCAUGAACCGCCAGUACCACAACGCAGUCAAGCUUUCGGCGCAGUAUAGCCAGCCUUUGAUUGAUGCCACAGACGAGAACCACAUGGCUGUGCAAGAAGAACCUCCGGACUGGGACGAGAUUGACAUCUUCAACGCGACACCAAUCAAGACAUCAAACCCUCGAGACAGGAGCUCGGAUCCGAUCGCUGACAACAAGUUCUUGUUCAAAAACUUGCUGCACGGACUGAAGAACUUAUUCUACCAGCUUCGCGCCUGUAAUCCAGCAAAAAUUAAGGAGGAGAUCGAUGCUGCCAAUGCGUCCGCCAACUGGCACGAGGUCUCUUUCGGGUACAAUGCUGAGGAGGUUGAAGUACUCAUCAAGCUCUUUCGCGAGGGUGCCAGGGUCUUCCGUUAUUACGGUACUGAGAAGUCUGUCGAGACCCAGGGAUUAUCACCAGGCGACCUCAUGGGCAACCAGCACAUGAUGUCGAGCGGCAAGGAGGAGAAGGAGCUGCUCGAGACGUUUGCCACCGUUUUCCACCACAUCGAUCCUGCGACUUUCCACGAAGUGUUUUCGUCCGAGAUACCCCAUUUGUACGAUAUGAUGUUCGACCAUCCGGCGUUGCUCCACGUUCCGCAGUUCCUGCUCGCUUCGGAAGCGACAUCACCCAGCUUCUCUGGAAUGCUGCUACAGUUCUUGAUGGAUCGGAUAGAAGAAGUCGGCACGGCAGAUGUGAAGAAGUCGUCGAUCUUGCUGCGAUUGUUCAAGCUCUCUUUCAUGGCAGUCACGCUUUUCUCACAGCAGAAUGAGCAAGUGCUGCUACCGCACGUUAGCAAGAUCAUCACAAAGUCGAUACAGCUGUCGACCACUGCUGAAGAGCCAAUGAACUACUUCUUGCUCCUCCGAUCUCUGUUUAGAAGUAUUGGUGGCGGUAGAUUCGAGCACCUGUACAAGGAGAUCCUUCCUCUUCUGGAGAUGCUGCUGGACGUCCUCAACAAUCUUCUGAUCACAGCUCGGAAACCAGCGGAGCGCGAUCUGUUCGUAGAGUUGUCACUCACAGUACCGGCAAGGCUGAGUAACCUUCUGCCACAUCUGAGUUAUCUGAUGAGACCACUUGUUGUAGCUCUGCGAGCAGGAUCAGAUCUGGUUGGACAGGGCCUUCGAACGCUCGAGCUCUGCGUUGAUAACCUCACCGCGGAUUAUUUGGAUCCCAUCAUGGCCCCGGUCAUCGAUGAGCUUAUGGCAGCGCUGUGGGAGCAUCUCAAGCCGAACCCUUACAGUCACUUCCAUGCCCACACCACUAUGCGUAUUCUUGGUAAGCUUGGAGGGCGGAAUCGAAAGUUCAUCACUGGUCCCCCGGAGCUGAAUUACCAGCCAUACUCCGACGAUCAGUCAUCUAUCGACAUUCGACUCAUUGGUUCGACCAAAGACCGUGCCUUCCCCGCUGUCAUUGGUAUCGACACCGCUGUCGCCAAGCUUCAUGAAGUACCCAAGACGCCAACAACGAAGAAGUCAGACACCUUCCACAAGCAGCAAGCUUUUAGGCUCAUCACUGCUCACACCAAGCUUAUGAUUGGGUUCGACAGCUUACCAGACGACUUUGCGCAACUUGUCAGGCUUCAAGCGAACGACCUCUGCAACCAAAAGUUCGACGUUGGUGCUGAUGUACUGGCCGCGCCGGACCGAGAGAAGUCCAUACCAAAGAAGAACGUUGAGCGGGAAACUCUGAAGAAGCUUUUGAAAGCCUGCAUCUUUGCCGUCUCUGUUCCAGAACUCAAGGCUGAUGCUGAACUACUCGUCACGAAUCUUGCGAAGCACUUCACUCUGUUGGAAUUCGGGAGCCACUUUGCUGUUUCUAAGCACAAAAGCAAACCUUUCGAAGUUCAUCUGGGGGAGGGACCUGUCGUUAUAGAAAGCGAGGUUAUAGCCGAUGCUAUAGGUGACUCGCUCUCCUCCGAACACCCAGAUGUGCGUGCCGCAGCUGAGCAAGCAAUUCUGACUAUGCGAGAUGCUGCCAAAGCGAUCUUCGGUAGCGACGACAAACUCGACAAGUUCCCAUUCUUCAACGACCUGGCUAGCACAUUCUGUCACAACUGCCAUGCCGAUGACUGGUUCAUGAAGUCUGGUGGCACCCGCGGUAUCGAGAUUAUCAUCAAGCAGUCAGGCCUUAACGCCGCAUGGAUGGUGGCACGGCACUUCGAGCUUAUCCGUGCUUUGAACUUCGUCAUGAAGGACAUGCCAAUCGAUCUCGACUCGAAGACACGCAUCCAGGCCGAAGGACUCAUUGAGAAUCUCAUUCGUCAGUGCCACAAGCCAACAACGAAGGAGGAGUUCGAGAAGGGUAACAACAUCACGAUGAGACUCUGCGGGCAGCUCGUCGGCGACCUGUCGCAUAUGAACAAGAACGUCCGCAAGGCAACACAGAAGGCCUUCCAAGUUUUGUCGGAGGUCACAGGCCUGGGUGUGCACGAGCUCAUUGCGCCGGUCAAGACACGACUGAUAGUACCAAUCUGGACCAAGCCUCUACGCGCCUUGCCAUUCAGCAUCCAAAUAGCCUACAUCGACGCGAUCACCUUCUGUUUAAAACUCAAGAAUGGUAUCCUGGAGUUUAACGAUGAGCUGACCAGGCUGCUCAUGGAAUCGCUUGCUUUGGCCGACGCAGAAGAUGAGGGUCUCGCCAGCAAGCCCUUCGAGCAGCGCAACGCAGAGCACAUCGUGAAUCUGCGCGUGGCUUGUAUCCGCCUUCUAUCCACUGCUCAGAGCUUCCCUGAGUUCAGCACGACCCCACCGAAUCAGACAUUCUUGCGCAUCAUCGCUGUGUUCUUCAAGUGCCUCUACUCGAAGUCGCCGGAGGUCAUCGAAGCUGCGAACAUUGGUCUGUCGGGUGUCAUUUCGGCGACGAACAAGCUUCCUAAGGACGUGCUACAAUCAGGACUCAGGCCAAUCUUGGUGAACCUGCAGGACCCUAGGAAGCUAUCGGUGGAAAAUUUGGAUGGUCUUGCUCGCCUUUUGAAGCUACUGACCAACUACUUCAAGGUGGAGAUUGGAACUCGCCUACUGGACCAUCUCAAGAGCAUUGCGGACCAGAACAGCCUGCAGAAGAUUUCGUUUACGAUGAUCGAGCAGAACCCCAAGAUGAAGAUUGUUACUGGCAUCUUCAAUAUCUUCCACCUGCUUCCUCCGGCGGCUGCUACUUUCCUCAAGCAGAUUAUCGAGAAGGUCAUUGAACUCGAGAGCAGUCUCAGGAGGACGCACUAUAGCCCAUUCAGAGAACCCCUGAUCAAGUAUCUCUGCAUGUAUCCGAGCGACACCUGGGCACACUUCGCCCCGAACCUCAAGGAUCAGACACAGGGACGCUUUUUUGCACAGCUGCUCGAGAACCCUGAGAGUGGCGUUUUGCGAACGCAGGUCUCGGAGGAUGUCGCUGGCUUCCUACAAUCGUUCCAGUUUGAGGGAGCCGACAAGGACAUUUGCCAAGCCCAGCUAAACGCCAUCCACAGCGCAUACGCCCUUAGCCAGUUUGAAGAGACCAGCAAGUGGCUAGUGACACAUGAUGAUCUACGCAAGAGCUUAUUCGAGGCGGGCAGGUCCCUCGAGAAAAAGCUCCGUCAAAAUCUCAUCGACCCCGAGCUCCGUUUGGCGACCGAGCAGGCCGGUGAUCAAAUCAUGUACAUCUUCACGACAUACCUCAAGCAUGAGCCCAACAACCUGGACUUCUUCUUUGAGCUGAUCGACACCGUCACAUCCGAGGAGUUGAAGGCUUCGCCGCGCCUCUUCGACUUCAUCUACGAGCAGAUCAUUUCCAGCGAAUCUGUCGACUACUGGAAGACCCUUAUCAAUAGGUGUAUUGAUUUAUACACAUCCCGCAAUUCGUCCCAGAAGACCAAGACCUUUAUCUUCCACAACAUCGUCAACCCCAUCUUCGCAAUGGAUGUCAAGCGCAACUGGAACAGCUUGUUUGACCAGAAGACCGAAGGGACGAAAUUGAUGGACAAGACCAUGACUGAGACUGUCCACAAGAGGCUGUGGCUUCCACAGUCCUUGACGGAUACUUCCGAGGAGACAGCUCAGCUCGGCGUUGAUCACUCUAGAAUGGAACUGCUCCAGCUCACAACCCUUCUGCUCAAAUAUUACUCCGGCAUGAUCGAGGAAUUCAGAAAGGAUGUCAUCAAGUUCGGUUGGAACUACAUCAAGCUCGAAGACAUUAUCAACAAGUACGCCGCGUACGUCCUCGUGGCCUUCUUCAUUGCUGUUUACGAGACGCCGAAGAAGAUCGCUGCGCACACCUACCAGUCGUUGCUGAAGGCGCAUCAGAAUGAGGGCCGUAGUCUGGUCAUGCAAGCUCUUGAACUUAUGGCACCGGUGCUGCGCAAGCGUAUGGGUGGCGGCGAGAGGAUGCCGCUAUGGAUCCAGCACCCACGUAAGAUCCUCUCUGAGGAGAGCUCCAACCUGCAGCAACUUAUGAGCAUCUUCAACUUCGUUGUGCGUCACCCGGAUCUCUUCUACGAGGGCCGCGAACACCUUUCACCUAUCAUCAUCACAGCGCUGUCGAAGAUCGCCCAACCCCCUAACCCGUCGACCGAUGCAAAGAAGCUCGCCCUCAAUCUGAUCAGCCUGAUCAGGACUUGGGAGGAGCGCACAGCGACCGAGUCUGGCGCUGGAGGGGAGCGAUCGUCAUUGUCACCUACAGCGUCCAAGAGGAGAGCGGAUGGAACCAUUGUUCCUCCCGGCCCCCUGCAAAAGGACUUUGUCGCUCAAGCCCCUACCCGCAUGAUGCUCGUCAAGUAUCUUAUCCAGUUCAUUGCCUACUUGCCAGAGCGCUUCCCAGUCAAUUCUCCGAAGCCGAAAGACCCUACCGUAGCAACGGCAAACACACCACAGCCUGUCGAGAUCUGUCGCAAGGCUGUACAACUGCUGCAUGAUCUGCUCUCCCCUCGUCUCUGGAACGAUUUGGACUUGGACCUUAUGCUUUCCAAGAAGAUCGAGGAGAUCCUCCUUGCCGAGAUGAAGCAAGAAGACAAGACGGAUGUCUUUCACACUAGGAUGAUCAACACACUGCAGAUUGUCAAGGUCAUCGUCAAUGUUAAGUCAGAUGACUGGGUGCUGCAGCGGAUUCCGAUGUUCCAGAAGAUCCUGGAGAAGCCAAUUCGGUCUGAGUGUGCCGACAUCCAGGCCAGCCUGCAUGCAGUUGAUGAGAACGAAGAUGGCUCCAUGAAGCUGCGGCCAACACUGAAGCGUAUCUUGGAGGUCAUGCCAGAGCCUGUGACAGAUGACGAGGGCAACACAGAAGAAUCAACGUCGACUGAGUUUGUCAACUUCCUGGGUGUUGUUGCGACGGAAGCACUUUCGAAUGGGUCCUACAUCUGCGCCAUCAACGUUCUGUCGACUCUCUGCCAGAAGCGGCCCGAGGAGAUCGAUCAACACAUUCCACAGGUCAUGAAGGCGUUCCAGGGCAAGAUGGCCAAGGAUCAUCUUGCCGGCCACAGUGGCACUCCCGGACAAGCAGUACCUCCGGGCAUGCGCCCUGAAGGUGCCAAUCCACCGACUGAUCCACGCGAGAUCGAGAUCCAGACAGAUCUUGUUUUGAAGACUGUUGAUAUUCUUGCAGCGCGAAUGAACGAGCUCGGUGAGAACAGGAGACCUUACCUCAGCGUCCUCGCUUCACUUGUCGAGCGAUCCCAGGUCAACUCAGUCUGCAUGAAGGUCCUUGAUCUUGUCGAGGACUGGAUCUUCCACUCCAACGAACCCGUGCCAACACUGAAGGAGAAGACGGCCGUGCUCAGCAAGAUGCUUCUAUUUGAACAUCGACAGGACACUUCGCUGCUCACCCGCUUCCUCGACCUUGUCAUCCGAAUCUACGAAGAUCCAAAGAUCACUAGGAGCGAACUCACCGUUAGGAUGGAGCAUGCUUUCCUCAUCGGGACUAGAGCACAAGAUGUCGAGAUGCGCAACCGUUACAUGGCCAUCUUUGACAAGAGUCUAAGUCGUACUGCGGCUAGUCGCUUGAGCUAUGUGCUGGCAUCGCAGAACUGGGAUACUUUGUCAGAUUCCUACUGGCUGAGCCAAGUCAUUCAUCUCAUGUUCGGCUCGAUCGAGAUGAACAGCCCUGCUGAACUGCACGAGGAAGACUUCAAACUUAUGCAGCCAUCUACUUUGUACGGGACCUACAGCAAAGACUCUAGGAUUGGCGAUGUGAUGGUUGAUGAUGAUUUGGAAAGCCUCAUCAGCAGUCACGGUCGCUUUGUCAACCAGCUUGGAGAUGUCAAGGUUAAGGAUAUCUUCGAGCCGCUCGGACACCUGCAACAUACAGACAACAACCUUGCGCACGACAUCUGGGUCGCUUUCUUCCCACUGGCCUGGACUGCUUUGACCAAGGACGACCAGAGUGACCUUGAGAAGGGUAUGACUGCGCUACUCACCAAGGACUUCCAUAACAGGCAGCUCGACAAGCGACCCAACUGCGUUGCUACCAUGCUCGAUGCCAUCGUACAUGCGAAGCCGAGGGUCAAGUUCCCUCCGCAUAUUAUGAAGUACCUGGCUCAGACAUACAACGCUUGGUACACUGCCGCGGUGUAUAUGGAGGAAUCAGCCAUCUCGCCUGUUGUCGACGUUGAAAAGUUGAGAGAGAGUAAUCUCGAUGCUCUUUUGGAGGUCUACACUGGUCUGCAAGAAGACGACCUCUUCUACGGUACCUGGCGUAGGCGAUGCCAGUUCCUGGAGAGUAACGCCGCGCUUUCGUACGAACAGUGCGGUAUCUGGGACAAAGCUCAGCAAAUGUACGAAGCAGCCCAGAUCAAAGCACGAACCUCUGUGCUGCCCUUCUCGGCGGGAGAAUAUAUGCUAUGGGAGGACCACUGGGUAGUUUGCGCACAGAAGCUGCAGCAGUGGGAGAUUCUCAGUGACUUCGCCAAACAUGAGAACUUCAAUGAUCUGUACCUGGAGUCCACCUGGAGGAGCUUCGAAGCCUGGCAAAACGCCGAGACCCGCGAGCAGCUCGACACAACUAUCAAGGCGGUCAGUGACGCGCCGACUCCUCGACGAGUCUUCUUUCAGACUUUCAUGUCGCUGCUCAAGUUGCACGCGAAGCAAGAGUCCCCACCGGAGUUCCACAGGCUGUGUGAUGAGUCGAUACAGCUUUCCAUCCGCAAGUGGCACCAGCUUCCUCGUCGCAUAACACAAGCACACAUCCCACUUUUACAACAUUUCCAGCAGCUAGUCGAGCUGCACGACGCCAGUGUUAUCUGCCAGAGCCUCGCACAGACCACACAAACCAAUCUCGAUAUGAAGUCUCAAGAGCUUAAGCUGCUCCUUAGCACUUGGCGCGAUCGCCUGCCGAACUUCUGGGACGACAUCAAUGCAUGGCAGGACCUCGUUACUUGGCGUCAGCACAUCUUCCAGUUGAUCAAUGGAGUGUACCUCAAUCUGCUGCCUCCAAACCAGAACAACGCUAGUGGCAACAGCUUUGCUUACAGGGGUUACCACGAGACUGCCUGGAUCAUCAAUCGCUUCGCCCAUGUUGCACGGAAACACAACCUGCCUGAAGUCUGCAUCAACCAGUUGGGGCGCAUCUAUACAUUGCCCAACAUCGAGAUUCAGGAAGCCUUCCUCAAAUUGCGCGAGCAGGCCAAGUGUCACUACCAGAUUCGGGCGGAUCUCAACAGCGGUCUUGAUGUCAUUAACAACACUAACCUUAACUACUUCGGUCCGCAGCAGAAGGCGGAGUUCUACACUCUCAAGGGCAUGUUCCUCGCUAAGCUCGGCAAUAAGAGCGAGGCUGGCGAAGCGUUCGGCACUGCAUUGUACUUCGACAUUAAGCUACCGAAGGCAUGGGCAGAGUGGGGUCGAUACAAUGACAUGCUUUUCAAGGAGGAGCCGCAGAACCUGGAACGUGCCGAAGCGGCGCUUAGUUGUUACCUCGAGGCUGCCAGUCAAUUCAAGAAUGCGAAGAGUAGGAAACUGUUGGGCCGAGUAUUGUGGCUGCUCAGCUUGGACAACCCGGAGCGCAGAUUGGCGGAGAAGUUUGAGGAAUUCAAGGGCGAUACGCCGGCGUGGUACUGGAUCACCUACAUCCCGCAAUUGCUCAACAGUCUUUCGCGUCAAGAGGCGCCUAUUGCUAGGUCGAUCCUUGGCAAGUUGGCGAAGACGUACCCGCAGGCACUUUACUGCCACCUCAGGACGACGCGCGAGGACAUGGUGGUGCUCAAGAAGCAACAUGAGCAGAAGGAGGCCAAGGAGAAGGCUGCACGUGCCGCAAAGGGACAACAUCAAGGAACUCAGUCUUCCCCGGUACCCAAGCAAGGCUCGCCCGACGCGCGACCUGGCUCGAGUGGAAAUCAGAAUGCCACCACUAACGGCGAUGCUAAGCCUGCCGUUCAAACAAGCACACCAGGCGGCACUGUCAAGACUGAAGGCAACGCUCAGGGCAGUCCUGCUGUCAACAGCGCACCUACUGUUGAGGUCACACCGCCUGCGCUAAAGAAGCCCUGGGAUCACGUCGAGGAGAUUAGUGCUAUUCUCAAGACGGCGUUCCCACUGCUCGCCUUGUCCAUGGAGACGAUGCUCGAUCAGAUCCACAAGAACUUCAAGUGUCCUCCCGAUGAGGAUGCUUACCGACUGAUCGUGGCGUUGCUGAACGACGGACUCAGUUACGUCGGCCGUCAGCCUACGCUCUAUGCUCGGGACACCAAGCUCCCCUCAUCUACUGAGGGCAACAUCACACGCUUUGCUGAAUCUGUACUUCCAGCGCACAUAAGAAAGUCGUUCGAAACAGAUUUCAUCAAGGAUAAACCCACUAUGUUCGAGUACAUCCAGAAGCUACGCACCUGGCGGAAUCGAUUCGAGGAGCGUCUUGAUCGCAGGAGAAUCGUUGUUCCACUCGAACAGUAUACACACCAGCUGAGCGAGUUCCGAUUCCUCAAAUUCGAUGACGUGGAAGUCCCUGGACAAUACUUGCUGCACCGGGAUAAGAACUCUGACUUCGUGCGCAUUGAGCGCUUCCUCUCUGAUGUUGAGUUGGUCCGCGGCGUUGGCGUUUGUCAUCGCAGGAUCAAGAUUCGCGGCCAUGACGGAAGCACACAUCCUUUCGCUAUUCAAUUCCCUACUGCGAGAAGCUCGAGGCGUGAAGAGCGCAUCAUCCAGUUGUUCCGAAUCUUCAACGGUAUCUUGUCGAAGCGCAAGGAGAGUCGCAGGAGGAAUCUGCAGUUCCAUCUGCCGCUCAUGGUACCCAUUACACCUAGUGUGCGUCUGAUUCAGGAUGAUCCGUCGGCUAUGAACCUGCAGGGCAUCUAUGAGGAUUAUUGCAGGAAAAACGGCGUUAACAAGGAUGAGCCAAUUCUCUUUAGUAUUGAUAAGCUUAGAGCGCUUUCACCUAAAAAUCUUGAACAUGCCAACAGCAUCCGCCUCGAGACCUUCUCCGCCGUCCAAGAAAAAUACGUCCCCCCGACAAUCGUCCAAGACUACUUCCGCGCCACCUUCCCCACCUUCGACGACUUCUGGCUCUUCCGCCGCACCUUCUCCUACCACCUUGCCGCUCUGACCUUCAUGACCUACGUCAUGCACAUGAAUACGCGCUUCCCGCACAAGCUGCUCAUCUCGCGCCAAUCCGGCCGCAUCUGGGGCUCCGAACUCAUCCCGAGCAUGGCCGUCGGCAAGCCCAUCCUGCACAAUUCCGAACCUGUGCCCUUCCGCCUCACGCCCAAUCUGCAGGUCAUGCUCGGCCCGCUGAAUCUCGAGGGUAUCUUUGCGCCGGCCGUUAUGACUGUCGCCCGAUGCUUGAUCGAGCCUGAGGGCGAGCUCGAGAUGCAGUUGUCUAUCUUCAUGAGGGAUGAGAUGAAUCAUUGGUUUACGAGCCAGCAUAAGAGUAGCAGUUUGACGCCGGACGUGCUGAGGGAGAGCGUGCAGCAGAAUUCUGAUCUCGUGGUUAAGAGGGCGAGUUCUAUUGGGAGCCAGCCGUCUGGAGCGAAUUUGCCUGCGAAUCAGACCAUGGUGGAUUUGGUUAGUGUUGCGGUGCAUCCGCAGAAGUUGGCCAUGACGGAUCCAUUGUGGAUGGCUUAUUUGUAAGAGUAGAUUUGAUGAGAAGGAGUUUGGAGUACCCGGGAAAUGGAGGGUCUUUGUUAUCUGAUUUCCGAGCGCUGUUUCUCUGCAUUGGGUUCGACCUAGGUUAGCUUUUGAUUUGUUAUGUAAUGAGCAUUGGCGUUCAAUGGCGCUGGCGUCUCACUGCUGUGGAUGAGUAGCGAGCGCGAUCAGAG